AUGUCACAGUCAUCAAUCCGCCAUGCGGGACAUCAUUAUACAUCCCGGACCCGUCCAGAAGAUGCGGGCAAACGAGAGGCUCCUGAUGGUGCUGCUGAUGGCACCGCUGAUGGUGCUGCCGAUGGUGCUGCCGAUGGUGCUGGCCCAGGGCCAGAUGGAACCGCCACUCAUCAAGAGAAGUCAGAAAGACCAGACGGAAAGAUCGAACUUACAGAAGAAGAUUGUUGGGACAAGCUAGGUUUUGCUUUCCCAAAGUGGAAGAAAUGGCUCAUUAUCACCAUUAUCUUUGCGGUCCAAGUUUCGAUGAACUUCAAUGCAAGUCUCUAUGCCAACGUUGUCACUCCGCUGUCGUCACACUUUUCGAUUUCUGAGCAGGCUGCAAGAGUGGGCCAGAUGAUAUUCCUCGUCGCCUACGCAUUUGGAAGCGAACUUUGGGCUCCAUGGAGCGAGGAAUUUGGACGAUGGCCAAUUAUGCAGAUGAGUUUGACUCUCGUCAAUAUCUGGCAAGUCCCAUGCUCAGUUGCACCGAAUUUCGGAACCAUUAUUGUAUGUCGCGGUCUUGGUGGUCUGUCCUCUGCUGGCGGUUCUGUGACACUGGGGAUGGUCGCGGAUAUGUGGGAACCUGACGAACAACAAUAUGCAGUUGCUUAUAUUGUUCUUUCCUCCGUGGCUGGAUCUGCCCUCGCCCCCAUUAUUGGAGGAUUUGUAACAAAAUACUGCACUUGGCACUGGAACUUUUGGAUACAGCUCAUCCUUGGAGGCUUCGUUCAAUUCCUUCACUUCUGGGUUCCGGAGACGCGAUGCAGCAUCCUAGUCACCCGAGAAGCUAAAAGGAGAAGGAAGCACGGCGAAAAUGUCUGGAGCGCGGACGAACUCAGAGAGAAGCGCAUUGGAAUCAAGGAUGUCAUGGUCAUUUGGGCACGGCCAUUUGUGAUGUUUGUCCGCGAGCCCAUCGUCCUCUGUUUAUCACUUCUUAGCGGUUUCAGUGAUGCUCUUAUUUUCACCUUUCUUGCAUCCUACAAACUAGUCUAUGAACAGUGGGGUUUUGGCCCAGUGGAUACAGGUCUUGCAUUUAUCCCGAUCAUGAUCGGAUAUCUCAUGGCUUACGCCUCAUUUCUUCCCUGGAUUCACCGACAUUGCAGAGUCCGCGAAAGGGAUCCAGAUGCCCUUAAGCCUGAGGCGCGACUUUACUGGCUGCUUUUCACUGCCCCACUUGAACCGAUUGGUCUUUUCGGAUUUGCCUGGACAAGCUUAGGACCUCCACUCACACACUGGAUAGCGCCCAUGAUCUUCUCAACCUUGAUCGCAGUUGCUAACUAUGCUAUCUAUAUGGCCACCAUAGACUAUAUGGUUGCUAGCUACGGUCCUUACUCGGCCUCGGCUACUGGAGGUAAUGCGCUCGCCAGAGAUCUACUGGCUGGAAUAGCGGCUAUGUAUGCGACUCCGAUGUAUUCGAACAUUGGACACCGCCUGCACUUGGAGUGGCCCUCUACGAUCCUGGCAUGCAUUGCAAUCAUCGUGACGAUUCCUAUCUAUAUAUUCUACUGGUGGGGACCUAAAAUCCGCGAGCAUUCCCGGUUCGCCCAGACUUUGGCUAGUGAACGAAGGUCGCGUGGAACCGAAGCAUCCACUUGUGGGUCCGGAACGUCAGGUCCUGAGGAAGCAUACUUUGGCACCAGAAGCAGAAGUGCGAGCCAAUGCAGCAGUAGAACUAGGAGGAGGAUGGCUUCAGGGGCAGAUGGGGCCGACGGGGCCGUUUGAGCUGCGUGAGAAUGAAAGGAAAGAAAGAAACAAACAAACAAACAAACAACCAUCCUUCUAUCCCUUUAUUCAUCUCAUAUCUUCAUGAUUUUCCCUUGGCCCGAGUACCACCGGGCUUACGGAGUACUCCGUGCUCGAAUAAUAAUAAUAAUAUCGUCUUUGUCCUCUGCAGCCUAGUUAGUAUGGUGGGGUAUGCAUUAAGAGAAAAAAUAGAAAGAAAACUACAUUCUAUGCGCACUAUCUAAUUCAACGGCCUUAAU